ACCAGAAGUGUCUCUAGAUUGACUGCCGUAGCUGUAAUAGCUGUUUGGAACCAUGGCGGCAGGUGUAGCAGCUUGGUUACCCUUUGCCAGGGCAGCAGCCAUAGGAUGGAUGCCAGUGGCUACUGGUCCCAUGCCAGCUGCUCCACGGCAGGAGAGAAAGCGAAGCCAGGACUCUCUGAUUGUGCUGAAUGUGAGUGGCAUCCAGUUCCAGACAUGGCUGGACACCUUAGAGCGCUACCCUGACACUCUGCUGGGCAGUUCAGAGCGGGACUUCUUCUACCACCCUGAGACACAGCAGUACUUUUUUGAUCGGGACCCUGACAUUUUCCGCCACAUUCUCAACUUCUACCGUACUGGGAAGCUUCAUUAUCCCCGCCAGGAGUGCAUUUCAGCUUAUGACGAGGAGCUGGCCUUCUUUGGCAUCAUCCCUGAGAUCAUUGGUGACUGCUGUUACGAGGAGUACAAGGAUCGCCGGCGCGAGAAUGCUGAGCGCCUGCAGGAUGAUGCCGAUACGGAUCAUGUAGCUGAGAGCUCCCUACCCUCCAUGACAGCUCGUCAGAGGAUGUGGCGGGCCUUUGAAAACCCACACACCAGUACCCUGGCUCUAGUCUUCUACUAUGUCACUGGUUUCUUCAUUGCCGUCUCCGUGAUUGCCAAUGUGGUGGAGACAGUGCCCUGUGGGGUGAGCCCGGGUCGCAUCAAGGAGCUGCCCUGUGGAGAGCGGUAUGCGGUGGCUUUCUUCUGUCUGGAUACUGCCUGUGUCAUGAUCUUCACAGUUGAAUAUCUCCUACGUCUGCUGGCAGCUCCUAGUCGCUACAAAUUUGUGCGCAGUGUCAUGAGUAUCAUUGAUGUGGUGGCCAUUAUGCCGUACUACAUUGGCCUGGUGAUGACAGAUAAUGAGGAUGUCAGUGGGGCUUUUGUGACAUUAAGAGUCUUUCGUGUCUUCAGGAUCUUUAAGUUUUCCCGCCACUCACAGGGUCUGCGCAUCCUGGGCUACACGCUGAAAAGUUGUGCCUCGGAGUUAGGCUUCCUCCUCUUCUCACUCACUAUGGCCAUCAUCAUCUUUGCCACAGUCAUGUACUAUGCAGAGAAAGGUUCAUCAGCCAGCAAGUUCACCAGCAUCCCUGCAGCCUUCUGGUACACCAUCGUCACCAUGACAACACUGGGGUAUGGUGACAUGGUGCCAAAGACAAUAGCUGGCAAGAUUUUUGGUUCAAUAUGCUCCCUGAGUGGUGUCUUGGUCAUUGCUCUGCCAGUUCCUGUAAUUGUCUCCAACUUCAGCCGUAUAUACCACCAGAAUCAACGAGCAGACAAGCGCAGGGCACAAAAGAAAGCCAGGCUGGCUCGGAUCCGUGCAGCGAAGAGUGGGAGUGCUAAUGCCUACAUGCAGAGCAAACGGAACGGCUUGCUGAGUAACCAGCUGCAGCAGUCCUCCAAUGAAGAAGAACAGGCCUUUGUUGGCAAAUCUGGCUCUUCCUUUGAAACACAGCACCACCACCUGCUUCACUGCCUGGAAAAAACCACGAACCACGAGUUUGUGGAUGAGCAAGUCUACGAGGAGAGCUGUAUGGAGGUUUCCACGGUGAACAGACCCCCGAGCCACAGCCCGUCCCUGUCGUCGCAGCAAGGCGUGACCAGCACGUGCUGCUCGCGGAGGCACAAGAAGACGUACCGCAUCCCGAACGCGGCCGGCAGCGGCAGCCGCCCCCGCAGCGUGCAGGAGCUCAGCACCAUCCAGAUCCGCUGCGUGGAGAGGACGCCUCUGUCCAACAGCCGUUCCAGCUUAAAUGCCAAAGUGGAAGAGUGCGUUAAACUAAACUGUGAGCAGCCUUACGUCACUACAGCAAUAAUCAGCAUCCCAACACCUCCAGUCACCACACCUGAAGGAGAUGAUAGGCCAGACUCUCCCGAGUAUUCGGGAGGAAACAUUGUCAGAGUAUCUGCAUUAUAAAACAAGGAAUUAUUUAUAAAUUAGCAUAAAGACCACUUGCAAGCUGAGCUCGAGCAGUGAAAAACGAGUCGCGAGGAAUGAGAGAGCUGACAAAGACAACGCCCCUUGACGAGUGUGCCAGCGGCCGCAGAGCAAGAGGUUCAGGAGAAACAGACUUUGUGGGUUUUGAUGUCCUAGGGUGUGAACCAAAAGGAGUUUCUUGCCCUCUGUCCAAACUGACGUGCGGUGGAAUCUUCUGUGACCAUCCUGACUUACUAUAUGAGCACAAUGAAAUGUCCCCACUGAUGCUUCUUCUUAUCAUGAGAGCUCUUUUUAGAAAAAAACACAAACGAAAAAAUAGAAACCUAUGUUCCUGCUGAAUGCAAAACAACAAGAAACAUUUUGAUAACAUGUCUUUUUUUUCCCUGUUAAUAAACCACAAACUUGUUGAAGAACUGUCAAAAAACGAACGAAAAAAUGCUCAUAUGAAAUAUGUUUGUACUGACUGAAAGAACUACAACCAUAAUGCAUGCUGAAAUUAUUUGAAGCUGUGAUCUCAGUUUACUUUUGUUGUUUUUCAGAUUAGGCAUGAUAAAAUAAUACUGUAGAAAGGGGCAUUUCCGUGCACUUACAACAAGCUGAUUGUUAAUGUUCCAUGGUAGUUGUACAAAUAAGUUCCCUUUGAAAAAUGCAGCAUUUCUUACUCAAACACUCAUUAGUCAACUAAAGGUGUUCAGUUAGUUCAAUAUUUACUAUUGUUUUAUCUUGCUUCCUAGGUACUGUUACAACUGCAAUAAGUCAUUGUACACCUGUUGUAUCAGGAAUCAGGAUUUUUUUUUUUAAGGUAUUUUACACAACUUCAUCUACACUAUAAACUUCUAAUGGCAAAUAUUUAAAUAAUCUUACAGCCAAACUGUGCACCACAAAUUGCUAUUCAGCCAUUACUCCUUUUGUUCACUGUUCUAUAUUUCU